ACCUGCUAAAUUAGUUGGGAAUUAAAUUCAGUAGGUAGCAACAUAAAGCCCACAUAACCCAGCCUUAAAUGGGAUAGAAGCUUCUUUCUUCCUCAUGUAUAGAAAGUAGGAGUGGACCAGCCUUAGCUGGUGUGGUGGCUCCAGGCUGCCUCCAGAGGCCAAGGCUCCUUCUGCUUCACCAAACUCAAGAUCCUCAAAUGUUUGAGGUGAGCAGUAAGACAAUAGGGAUAUAAGAAAUGAACUCCUCCUAGCUGAGUCACUCCUCUUAAGGAACAUUCUUAGAAACCCAUACAACAUUUCCACUUAUAUCUCAUGGGCCACAAUGUAAGCAUUUGACCAUUUAGCUGUGGGGGUUGUGGGAAGUUUUAUUUUUAGGGAGCAAUGUGUCCUGGUAAUAACUGGGGUUCUGCCAGUUUCAGGAUGGUGACAAAUGGCUAGUGGGAGGAACUUGUCUAGGUGAGUCCUGGACACUCAGUGUCCCCUAGCUGGGAGGAGUAACUGGAUGUCAGGCCGGAAAGACUGGACGUCCCCUACUGGGAGCCUAACGUCGUCUCCAUUUUCCCUUGUGUUUCUAGUCACUCUUGGAAUAGUAACAUGUAGAGACACAGAAUUUCACAAUGAAGAAAAAGGUAAUAUGGUUUACCUAGAAAUCAAGGGCAAAACUCUGUACCUCUUCUGUGAAGAAAUUCAAGGCAAGCCUACUUUGCAGCUUAAGGAGAAAAAGAUCAUGGAACUGCUUGAGGAGAAAGCGCAGAAGCCUUUUCUCUUUUUCCACAAUAAGGAGGGUUCCACCUCUGUCUUUGAGUCAGUUGCCUACCCUGGCAGGUUCAUAGCCACGCCCCCUACAGCAGGACAGGUUGUCACCCUCACCCAGGAGAGGGACAUAACUACCAACACUAACUUCUAUGGCUAGCAGGUUCCAGGACAGAGAAUCAAUCUGUCAAAAAAUGUUUAGGCUCAGCGCCUGUAGUUCAGCGGCUAGGACGCCGGCCACAUACAGCAGGGCUAGGAAGUUCUAACCCAGCCUGGACCUGCCAAACAACGACAAGUACAACAAAAAAAAUAGUGGAGAGUUGUGGUGGGUGCCUGUAGUCCCAGCUACUUGGGUGGCUGAGGCAAGAGACUCACUUAAGCCCAAGAGUUGGAGAUUGCUAUGAGCUAUGAUGCCACGGCACUCUACCAAGGAUAACAUAGUGAGACUCUGUCUCAAAAAAAAUAAAAUAAAAUAAAAAAUAAAAUAAAUGUUUUGUUUGAAAAUGCAAUUAGUCAUGUUAAGAAACUAGCACACACUGAGUUCAUUAGCAUUUCAGCCCAACCCCAGCUCAUUCACACCACCCCCAAACAUCCACUUCUGCACCAUGUCCCUAUUUGGAUGUCAUCCUCCCAGCACAAAACCUACGAAACACUUUUCAUUGUUUCUUGAUCAUAUCCCAUUAUCUACUCAGCUGCCACGACUGGUUUGGUCACCUUGAAAUGCUUCCUGCACACAGCCACCUUUCCUGUUCCUUCUGCCAAACCGUCAAGAAAAGAUGUCCCUUAUUAAAUCUAUGCAGAUCUACUAUAAACAUUAUAAUAAGUACCUCAAAUGAUCAAGCUAAUGGA